GUUGAAAGUUUGAAACGAACGAAAUGGUUAAGAUCUAAGGAUUUGGAAUUGGAGCACCCCAUUCCAACCCCAAAAGAAAAACACAAGAAAAAAGUUAGAGAGAGAAACCCUCAAAAGAUUUAGAGAGAGAAACACACGAAAACCACGAUCAUACUCGGAAAAGAAAAAGAAGUCAGUCAAGUCAUAUAUCCACAACAAUUCCUCUCGCUCUCUCAACACGCAUUAAAUCUGAAUUUACUUUUUUCUAGAAUUUCAUUUCUCUUUACUCUCUGUGGAGCAUUUUAUCGAACACAUUACGGUAUAUACAAAAGCUUAUAAAAUUUCGAAAAAACGAACAACAAAAAAACAAUUUCAUGGCUGUGAUUGGGGACUGGGGCAGCAUUACUGCUCGUGGUUUCUUCUUUUUUAAUCAGAGAUCAUCAUAUUUUAAACAAAAUCAACUUCUCAAUUUUUCGUAUGAGUUGUAUAGUUUAGCAAAUUUUCUUCUUCUAAUGCUGCUUCAUUUCCCACCAUAAUUGGUUUAGUCUUGAAUAUUCAACUAUUUGCAUUAAUUAUUAUUAUCGUUCUUUCGUUAUUCCCAAAAUCUAACCACGCAUCACAAUCACGCACCUUCUCAGAAGAGUGAACUUCAACGAUUCCCGUAGAGAGAGAGAGAGUAGCUGAAUGCUAGAGAGAGUAGCUGAAUGCUAGAGAGAGAAACUCUGAAUUCGUGUUCCCAACCACUCCUUUUGGCUCAGAUUCUUGGAUGAAAAAAAAUCUGGGUUUCUUUCCCUUCUUGAUUUUCAUCUGUGUUUUUGGUUUCUUGUGUGAUUCUGAGUGUCGAUUUUGUUUUGGUUCUUUUUUAUUUUGGGGGCUUUCUGUGGUUCUUUGUUUCUGGGUCUGGGUAUUCGUGCAAGUGGAACUUUGAUCUUUGGGUAUGGAGGGUGGUGGUUCAGAAGAAGAGAAGAGGAAGGAGAAGCCAGCGGAGGUUGAGAACAAGAUCAAGCGCAGAAUGAAGACUGCUUUUCAGUUGGAAGUUCUGGAGAAAACUUAUGUUGGGGAGGCUUACCCUUCAGAAGCAGUGCGAGCUGAGUUAUCUGCGAAGCUGGGUCUGUCUGAUCGUCAACUGCAAAUGUGGUUUUGUCACCGGAGGCUGAAGGAUAGGAAAUCAGCACCAACAGCGAAGAAGCCCCGAAAUGAUCACCCGCCUGUGGCACCGGAUUCAGUGCCCGAAGGAGAGGGUCUUGAGCAAAUGGCAGUGGCUGAUGCCAUGCAUGAUUGUGGUUUAGCUUCUGGGUUGAAGCCAUUUGGAUAUUCGGAUCCGAGGCGAGUUGUUCCAAAUCCUUCGAUUUCCUUUACUGGAAGAGGAGCUGGAUUGCCAACAAUGGAGAACAAUAGUUACUAUGAACCACAUCAGGCCAUCGAGGUGCUGCGAGCAAUUACAUUUGUGGAGAGACAGUUGGGUCAGCCAUUAAGAGAGGAUGGACCAAUUCUGGGAAUGGAAUUUGAUUCCUUGCCCCCAGGGGCAUUUGGUGCCCCAAUAGAGGAAGUGACACUGGGACAGCAUAGGCAUUCUGGAAGCCCUUUCGAGGCAAAAAUUUAUGAUCAACGAAACAAGGGCAUUCCAAGGACUCUCCACGAGUAUCAAUUUAUUCCAGAGCAGCUAACUGUUAGAAAUGAGACAUUUGACAGAGUUGCCCCCACUAUCCAUUACAGUUCUCCUGAUGGCAUUUCACAUUCCAGGACUUUACUACCUAGCCAGAAAUCUUUGCUUGGUGGGAAUGAAUCUACACCAUAUGGAUAUGGAGUUCAAGAUCAGAUGCCUGCUUUGAAUCAUUUGUCUCAGCAUGUCAGGCAGAAUCAUGUUUUGCCUUCUGCUUCUGGACAGAUUGAGGGUAUUCCACGAAAGAACACAUUUGUUGAUGUAACAGUUGUUACUCAUAGUGGGGUUCACCCAAUAACUCUGACCGACACUGCACUAGUGCCAUCUGACAACACGGUUAUCCAUGAGGAGGAACCUUCAAGGCUUCAGAGGAAGCGAAUGAAUGAAGAAGCUAGAAUACGACGUGAACUUGAAGCUCAUGAGAAAAGAGUUAGAAAAGAGAUUGAAAAACAGGAUAUUCUAAGGCGAAAGAGGGAAGAGCAAAUAAAGAAAGAGAUGGAGAGGAAUAACCGUGAAAGGCGGAAAGAAGAAGAAAGGUUGUUACGUGAAAGACAGCGAGAGGAGGAGAGGUACCAAAGAGAACAGAGGCGUGAUCUGGAGCGUAGGGAGAAGCUUUUACAGAAAGAAUCAAUAAGAGCUGAGAAACUGAAACAGAAGGAAGAACUACGCAGGGAGAAAGAGGCAGCAAGGAUCAAAGCUGCUUAUGAGAGAGCUCUUGCCCGCAGAAUGACCAGAGAAUCAAUGGGACUUAUUGAAGAUGAACGUCUGGAACUCAUGGAACUAGCUACAUUGAAGAAGAGACUUCCUUCGAUACUGGCUCUUGAUUAUGAAACUAUGCAAAAUCUCGAGUUAUAUAGAGGGAGCCAUUGUUGGAAUUUGUUUUCAGAUGGGCAAACACCAUUCCCACCCGAGUCUGUGCAGUUGAAAAAACCAUUUUCAAUCCAACCUUGGUCAGACUCUGAGGAGAAAACAGGAAAUCUUCUCAUGGUUUGGAGGUUCUUGAAUACUUUUGCUGAUGUUCUUGGAAUAUGGUCGUUUACCUUGGAUGAACUUAUUCAAGCUUUCCAUGACUAUGAUCCAAGGUUGUUAGGUGAGAUUCAUAUUGCUCUUUUGAGAUCUAUUAUGAAAGAUAUUGAAGAUGUUGCAAGAACUCCCUCCACUGGAUUAGGAGGUAACCAAAACAAUGUUGCCAAUUAUGGUGGGGGGCAUCCUCAAGUAGCUGAAGGGGCAUAUGUGUGGGGUUUUGAUAUAAGAAAUUGGCAACGGCAUUUAAAUCCAUUAACAUGGCCUGAAAUUUUGCGGCAGUUUGCUUUGUCAGCUGGAUUUGGCCCAAAAUUGCAGAGACAUAGUGAAUCGGUGCAUCCUUGUGAUAACAAUGAGGGUCAUGAUUGUAAAGACAUAAUCUCUCAUCUACGCAGUGGAGCUGCAGUAAAAAAUGCAGUUGCUAUCAUGCAAGAGAAGGGAUUAUCUAAGCCAAGUAGAUCAAGACAUCGCUUGACUCCUGGAACUGUUAAAUUUGCUGCAUUUCACGUCCUUUCUGUUGAAGGGAGCAAUGGCCUCAAUAUAUUGGAAGUUGCAGAGAAAAUUCAGAAAUCUGGGCUCCGUGAUCUUACAACAAGCAAAACUCCAGAGGCUUCUAUAUCUGCUGCAUUGUCUAGAGACACAAAGCUAUUUGAAAGGAUAGCUCCUUUGACGUAUUGUGUACGUCCUGCAUAUCGAAAGGAUCUGUCUGAUGCUGAAGCAAUUUUUUCAGCUGCCAGGGAAAGAAUCAGGAUAUUCAAAAGUGGAUAUAUGGAUGCUGGUGAAGCAGAAGAGGGGGGAAGAGAAGAUGAUUCUGAAAGUGAUGUAGCAGAAGAUAUUGAAACUGAUGAUUUAGGAGCUGAAACUAAUAUAAAAAAUGGGGGUUUCAGUUCUGUAGAAUUUAAUUCAGAAACCGUAAUGAGAAUUAGAAAGGACACUGGUAAGGUUUCUCAAACACUUGGUUGCUAUGACCAUGAGAAACUGGAUGAGGAUAUACUGUCAAUUGUUUCUGAAGGCAUUGAUAUGCACAAAGGGAUUAGUGCCUCUUGUGAUAUUGCUGUUUGCAGCAAUGAUGUGUCUAAUCCUAAUCUUGAAGGUAUGGAUAUUGAUGAAAGCAUUCCAGAUGAGUCGUGGGUACAGGGGUUGAUGGAAGGAGAGUACUCUGACCUCAGUGUUGAGGAGCGUCUUAAUGCUCUCGUUGCUUUGGUUAAUGUGGCAAUUGAAGGGAACUUAAUUCGUGUUACACUUGAGGAUCGUCUAGAAGCUGCAAAUGCUUUAAAGAAGCAGAUGUGGGCAGAAGCACAGCUGGGUAAACGUCGUAUCAAAGAGGACUACUUUGUUAAGAUGCAUCCUGUAUCUAAUUUCAGCAACAGGAGUGAAUCAAAUAGUGCAUUUCCAUCACUUGAGGACAAACAGAAGCCAUUCCUUUCUGUUGAUAACAAGAAUGACGAGGCUUUAUUAACCCCUCUUGGCCGGUGCAAUCAGAUCAACGAACUACUGGAAAAUCCAAAUCAUAUUGAGAGUUCCUCAUUAGAAGUUAGCCACCAGCUCCAUCAAAGUUCUGCUAACCAAGAUAAUUAUUCUCUUCAACAAUUUGGAUUUGCUCCUGAAAAAUCAAGGUCAAAUAUAAAAUCUUACAUUGGUUACUUGGCAGAACAAACCUACAUGUAUAGGACAUUGCCUCUUGGCUUGGAUCGCAGACAUAACCGAUACUGGCAGUUCAUUGCAUCUGCUUCUCCAAAUGAUCCUGGUUGUGGCAGGAUUUUUGUGGAGUUGCAUGAUGGUUGUUGGAAAUUGAUUGAUUCUGAAAAGGGAUUUGAUUCCCUAUUGGGUUCGUUGGAUGUACGUGGGAUCAGGGAGUCACACUUGCAUAUGAUGUUGCAAAGUAUUGAGAUGGCGUUCAAGGAAUCUAUUAGAAGGAAUGUCCAUAAUGGUGAUGCAAGAAUGGAGAAUGGGGACACUGUCAAGAGGCUCAAGACAGAAGCUUUUGAAGUGGAUACGAACAAUUAUUGUAGUGAUAUUCACCAUCCUACAUCUGUGUGCAUCGAUAAUUCAGAUGCUUCAGAGGUCUCGACAUCUUUUGCAGUUCAGCUUGGAAGAAAUGAAGCUGAAAACAGGGAUGCUCUUCUGAGAUAUCAGGACUUUGAGAAAUGGAUGCUAAAUGAAUGCCUAAAUUCGUCAAUAUUAUGUGCCUUGAAGUUUGGGAAGAGGAGGCGUAGCAAACUGUUGACUGUGUGUGAUUCAUGUCAUGAUGUUUAUUUCUUUGAUAGAAUCAAAUGCCCUUCCUGCAAUAGAACUCUCAAUGCUCACGGCAAGGCAAAGAUUGACACUGAUUAUUUUCAUGUUUCAUCUUAUCUUCCUUUGAGAAUGAGAUUGCUGAAGGUCUUAUUGUCAAUUGUUGAGGUUUCAGUUCCCGAAGAAGCUUUUCACGGUAUUUGGACCAACAGUUAUAGGAAAUCAUGGUGUACAAAACUGGAUGCUUGCUCAUCAACUGAAGACCUCCUGGAGAUAUUAACUGUAUUAGAAAGCGCUAUAAAGAGGGAGUAUUUGGAUUCAAACUAUGAAACUACCUCUGAGCUGCUGGGUUCGAGAAGUUCUUCUGGAUGUCCUCCAACUAAUGAUUUUGUAGGUGCUGAAAGGAUACUUCCAUGGGUGCCGUGCACAACAGCUGCGGUGGCUCUGAGACUCAUGGAACUCGAUGCAUGCACCUCUUACACCUUUCAGCAGAAGAUGGAGUCUGAAAAGGAUAAAAGAAUUGGAAUUGUUAUGAAGCUUCCGACAAAAUAUGCUUCUGCCAAAUCAUCUUGCCGUGAUAGUGCAAUUGAAGAAAGAGGACAAACGUCCCAACAGGGACAAAGAUCCCGGCAGGGACAAAGCAUGCAUAAGGUUAAGCAUACUGUUGAAAACAUGGUUGGUCUUGGUGCUGGCCUUGCAAGCUACAGCAGAGGACAAAGGUCCCGACAGGGCCGGAGCCAUUCUUGUGCGAGUGGGAGAUCACAAGGACGGGUUCUUAGUUCAAGACAUGAUUCUAGAAAGAGAAGCACGACCUCUAGCAGCAUGAGAAUAGGAAAUUUACUUGGAUGGAAAGGGAGAUCAUGUAGGCAUGCAGAACAAAAUGUACGUGCUCGUCGGAGUGUUCGAAGUAGACAGAAACCGGCUGUCAAGGUCUGUGUCACUGGUGUUGAGAAGGACACUCCAGAUGAUAUCACAGGGUAUACAGCUGGUAUCUUUAUCAAUGAAAAGAUGAAUGGAAGUGAAGUGGAAGCUGCUGCUAGAAGUGCUAGCAGCUCAGAAAAAUUGGCCUAUGAAAAUGAUAUUUAUCAGUCAACAGUUGAUGCGUAUGAAUAUCUAAUUGAUGAUAAUAAUGAUGGAUAUGAGGGUGGAUUUAGUGGAAAAUCUGAGAACUUUGUAGAGGGGAGCAACCAUAAUGUGGAUGAUGAUGAAAAUGAGGACGUUGAUGACAAUGAUGAUGAAGACGGACAAGUUGAUGUUGAAGAUUAUAUAAGCCACAAAUCAGAUACUGACGCCGGAGAAAAUGCCGACCAGAACAUGGAUCCUAAUGGAACAGAUUCAACCUCAUCAGAGUCCAGUGAUUAAAGAAACAUGCCAUGAAUAAAGUGACACCAUAGUGUUUGUAGGAUAAUUCUGAAUAUAUAUAUAUAUAUAUAUGCGCUCAAGUAAUGUAGGAAUAGGUAAAUGGUUAGGUACUCGGGAUAGAAUUUGUAGAAUACAAAAAUGUGCAAGGAAAUUUGUUCUCCCCUCUCGUUAAAUGAUGGCAUCGCUGGGAGAAAUUAGAUUCGUGGACAGCAAAAUCAUCUCCUAGACUUGAUUUGUAUUAUUUGAGUGAGUUUGGUCAUGUCAAUCUGAGAAUGAUAACGUGUUAAUACUUAAACAUAGUGUACAGAGAGUUGGGUACUCAAAUCAUUUCUCGCCUUUCCAUAAAAUUUUUAUACCAUUUGAUCCUAUUAAAGUUGAAUUUCUCAACCAAA